UUCUGACCAUUUCGAGCCCUAUUUCUAGAUUUUGACCAUUUUGAGCCCACUAUAUUGUAAAUGCGUGGAGUCCUAUAGGUCACCCAAAGUUGCUGCUGGCCCCUCAUAAUCCUGGUUUCAUUCAAGUCAACUCGAUAAGCUCUUUCGAAUGACAUUUACUUUGCCCAUAUUUUUGGCUGUGAGAGGUUCAAAACCAGGAAAGAAUGUUCAAUUAACAGAAAAUGAGAUUAAAGGGCUUUGCGUAAAAUCAAGAGAAAUAUUUCUCAGUCAACCCGUUCUUCUUGAACUUGAAGCUCCGCUAAAAAUUUGUGGGGACGUUCACGGACAGUAUUAUGACCUCUUGCGACUUUUUGAAUAUGGAGGGUUUCCACCAGAGUCAAAUUAUCUAUUUCUUGGUGAUUAUGUUGACAGGUUUGCAUUUUAG